AUGUCUGGCCUUUUCUUCAUGUGGCAAACCGACUACAAGCUUUGUGUGGAAUUCCUUAAUCUCCUUGGUCUUCUUGGGAGAGAGGACCCACCUGUUCUGUUACGGUCUCGCAUCAAUCUUUCUAAGCCUCGACGAUCCUCCUUCCUUUACCAAAACCUUGUUCGAACCUUUGCAAAAGCACUACUUGGUGUAGUACUUCUCGUCCCGACGAGAUUCAUGUCUUUGGCGCCCUUGUUAACGUUACUAAGUCUUUUGACAGUAACCAUACUCUCAUCCACUACUUUGUUCGUGGAAGAUUUGUCAACAAUCCUUGAUCUUAAAAGUAACAAAUUCCCUUCAAGUGUUUGGAUUAUAGCUCUCAUGGAACCAUUGUUGAUGUACCUUAUUUGUGUGUUAGCUUUUCUUCUUAUGGUGUUGGGAAUGCCUACCUUUGUUGUCCUUUAA